AUGGUCCGAGUCUCAAUUCUUUUAGCAUGUUUCAUCUUCAUCAUGUUGGUGAACUUGACCGACCAUGUUCAAGGUUUAGGGAUCAACUGGGGAUCAAUGGCGUCACACCCUUUGGAUCCUGGUAAUGUAGUAAAGAUGCUGAAGGACAAUGGGAUCAAGAAAGUGAAGCUUUUCGACGCAGAGCCUGCCACCAUGAAAGCCUUGUCUGGGUCUGGUAUUUCUGUCAUUGUUGGAAUUCCUAAUGAUAAGUUGGCCUCAAUUUCUUCAGCUUACAAACAUGCAACAGAAUGGGUGAAAGAAAAUAUCACCAAUUAUGAUCAUAAUGGGGGCGUUGAUAUCAGCUAUGUGGCUGUUGGAAACGAGCCAUUCUUAACUAGUUAUAAUGGGACAUAUCUUAAGACUACUUUCCCAGCAUUGCAAAACAUUCAGAAAGCCCUGGAUGAAGCUGGCACUAGACAAAAAAUCAAAGCCAUAGUGCCCUUCAAUGCCGAUGUUUAUGAAGCUUCUUCCGACAAACCAUCGGACGGGCAAUUCCGAAAAGACAUUAGGGUUGAGAUGCUCAAGAUUUUAGGUCUGCUCAAGAGCAAUAAGUCUCCAUUUUUCGUUAACAUAUAUCCCUUCAUUAGUCUCCAGCAAAGCUCCGAUUUCCCCCGAGAAUUUGCCUUCUUUGAUGGUACUAACAAACCUGUUCAAGACAACAAUAACCAAUAUACCAAUGUGUUUGAUGCAAAUUAUGACACACUUGUUUGGUCACUCAAGAAGGUUGGUUACCAGGACUUGGACAUAGUAAUUGGAGAAGCCGGAUGGCCUACCGAUGGUGACCAGAAUGCAAAUGCAACUUUGGCCAAGAAAUUUUAUGAUGGACUUCUCAAGAAAUUGGCAAAGGGAGAGGGAACCCCUCUUCGAAAAGGGUACUUGGAAGUGUACCUCUUUGGGCUCACUGACGAGGACUUAAAGAGUAUCGGACCAGGGGACUUUGAGCGACACUGGGGCAUAUUUAGCUAUGACGGAAAGCCUAAGUUUCCGAUGGACCUCACCGGAAAAGGGAAUGAUAAAAUGCUCAAGGAGGUACAAGGAGUGCAGUACAUGGACAAGAAAUGGUGUGUUGUUAAUAGUGAUGUUCGAAAUGAGACUAUUUUAUUGAACGACCUCAAUUACGCUUGUUCUCAGACAGAUUGCACAUCUUUGGGAAUUGGAAGGUCAUGUGAUUUGAAUAUGCAAGGGAAUGUCUCCUAUGCUUUCAAUUCUUUCUUCCAAAGCAGAGACCAAGAUGUUCGAACAUGCAAUUUUGAUGGCAAGGGAACCAUUGCAAACACCGAUCCUUCUAAAGGAACUUGUGUAUUCAAUAUACAGAUUUACAGUGCUGGUUUGAGGCAUCAACUGACUUUUGCACUGAGUAUAUUUGCAGGACUGGUCUUGAUGAUUUCCUUACAUUAA